ACUAUGGCUAUGGUUGGAUAAACCAUCUGGUUCUGUCUCCAAUUCGAUUGAAUAGAACAGAACAGAACAGUCAACAGCCUCUGUGUUUGUGCGUUUGAUUGAAACUUGGAAAAUAGAAAGAAAUGGUCGGACCAAAUAGACCUCAGUUUGUGCUGUUUGGUUCGUCCAUAGUUGAGUUCAGCUAUGGUGACCAUGGAUGGGGUGCUAUUCUCGCUGACAUAUAUGCUCGAAAGGCAGACACAUUGGUGCGAGGAUACGCUGGUUGGAGUUCGAGGCAAGCUUUGCAGGUUUUGGAUCAAGUUUUUCCAAAGGAUGCUGCUCUACAACCUUCAUUGGUGAUAGUCUACUUUGGUGGUAAUGACUCAAUGCUUCCUCUCCCAUCUGCCUUAGGCCUUCAUGAUCCUCAUGUACCGCUGGCUGAGUAUGUAGAAAAUAUGAGGAAAAUAGCAAUCCAUCUCAAGAGCCUUUCAGAGAAGACUCGCAUUAUCUUUCUCACUGCUCCUCCUGUUGAUAAGGCAGAAAUUUGCAGAACAUAUGGUGAUAAAAUAGCAGAGCUGCGUACAAAUGAGUCAUGCCGAAUAUAUUCAGAAGCUUGUUUAAAGCUGUGUCAAGAGAUGAAUGUGAAGGCUGUUGAUCUCUGGACUGUACUUCAAAAAGAGGAUGGUUGGGAAUCUGCUUGCUUUACGGAUGGAAUCCAUUUAUCAGCUGAGGGGAGCAAGAUAGUGGUGAAGGAGAUAAUGAAGGUUCUUAGGGAGGCAGACUGGGAACCAAGUCUACACUGGAAGGCAUUGCCAAUUGAAUUUGAAAGUCUUUUACCCAAUUAUCUAGUGAGUUCUGAUACGAAGACCAUGUUAAGUGAGGCCAGCUCUAUCAGACACAUGCAAUGGGAGUAGGUUUUGAGCACUCACAAUGGGUUAAGUAUUCUAGAGUCGGAUGUAAAAUGCGCCUAAAAAACGUGUUCAUCCAAUUUUUUAAAACUAAAAACAUUUCGCAUUUGAGUUUAAGUGUCGUGAAAAAGCAUUGCGGAUCAACGGAUAAGUAUUUUAUGUUUUCUA